AUGUUACAUUUGAAGGAAAAUGUUUCUGGAAAUACAAAUAUAAGGACGAGAAUCCAAAAAGUGAGCAAUUUCAUCGAUUAUAUCGAUGAUAAAUUCCGAGAGCACUUUACACCGGAUAGUGAAAUAUCAAUCGACGAAUUUAUUAUCAAACUUAAGGGCAAAAUUAGUUUCAUAACUUACAACCCCAAUAAGCCCAACAAAUGGGGAAUCGGUAUUUAUGUGUUAUCUGACGCACGUACAGGAUACAUAUACGCUAUGCUUCCCUAUUACGGAAGCGUUAAUACAGAAUGUCUGAUACGUCCGGACUUCCCUGUCAGUUCAAAGAUUGUUUUACAAGUAUACCAAAAGUUAUUGAACGCAAAUCCUGAGGCAAAAGGAUAUCAUAUCUUUACAGAUAGAUAUUUCACAGGAAUACCAUUAGCAGAGGAACUUUCAAACCUAAAGUGUUAUUUAACUGGGACCAUUAGAACAAACAGAAGGUAUAUCCCAGAUAUGAUGAGAAAACCAGCUUUAACAACAAAUAAUAAUGUUGCUGCCUCUCGAUCAGGGGAUAUUUUAUUAUUAGCAUGGAAGGAUAAGAGAGUAGUUACAAUACUAAGUAGCUACGAUACCUCGAGUAUAAAAACUGUACAAAGAAGAAGGAAAGAGGGUGGCAUCGUCAGUAUUAGCAAACCAAAUGUUAUUGUGAAAUACAAUAUAAAUAUGGGAGGUAUCGAUAAGACUGACCAAUUGGCAAGCUCAUAUUGUUUUCUGAGAAAAUUCGUAAUCAACAACUACAUCUUAUAUAAGGUGUCAGGUAGAAGGGUAAACCAUACUCCUAUGUUUCAUUUGUUUUGUCCGGAAAUUGGUGAAACAACUGGUAGCUGA